AUGAGCUCACUAAACAUAAUUUCUGAUCAUCUGAUGACUCUUAAAAAUCAUUUCGAGAAAUAUUUUCCAGAAGACAUCGUAAAAUACAAUUGGAUUAAAGAUCCGUUUAGUGAAAACCCAUUACCAAAUUUCACAACUACUGAAGAAGAACAAUUAAUCGAUAUUUCAUCUGAUUCUUCGUUACGAAUGAAAUUUUCUUCAUUUUCACUUUUAGAAUUUUGGAGCAGCAUUAAAGAUGAAUAUUCUGAAAUAUCCAACAAAGCUUUGCGUGUACUACUACCAUUUGCGACAUCGUAUUUAUGUGAAGCAGGCUUUUCUGCAGUUGCUGUAUUGAAAUCAAGAUAUCGAUCAAAACUUAAUAUUGAAAAAGAAAUGCGUGUGGCUGUCACAACAUUGCUACCUAAUUUUGAAGAAUUAUUAAACAGAAACCAGCACAUUGUUCGCAUUAAGUUUAAAUAUUAA